AUGACAUCCCGCAGGCUGGAUGAAAAAUCAAAACAAAUUCCCCCAGCUCUGCGGGGAUCGGCGGGGUCUGGGGGCUCCGGCCGCAGCCGGAGCAGGAGCGGCAGCGUCGGGCUCGGCCCCAGCGCCCGUCCCGGAGCGGCUCCUCCCGCCCGCGGCGAGCCCGGUCCCCAUCCCAGCACCAAUCCCGCCCCUGUCCUCCGGCCCCGGGACCCCAGCGGACACGGGCAGGACCCGGACCCGAAACCUCGGUCCCAUUGCCGGUCCCAGCCCCGGUUCGGCCCAGGUGUGAGGGGCGGGAACGCGAGCGAUGGGCCCGGCCCCAUUCCGGACACGGCGGAGCUCCGUGAGGCGGGCCCGGGGCUCAGCCCGGGGUGGGGCCGGGGCGGGGCCGUAGCUUCAGGGGCGGGGCCGGCUCAGUGUGAUGUCGGGAAAGCCGCAACCCCGGCAGUGUCGGCCCGUGUAUUAGACCGGUAUGGGUGGACCCACCGAGCGGGUCCGGCCCCGUGUGGGGGGACUCCAGCGAGGGCGGGGGGCGCCGGGUUCCGGCCCUCUGGGCUUUAUUCUCCAGCGCCCCGAGCCUCGGGGCUGCGAGGAAAAGAGAGCGAGCGGGAGAUGGAGAACGAGAAUAGGGGAGCAGACGGGGUGGUCGGGAUGAGGGUGACAAGGACAGAGGGUAGUUUAAAUCCCCUCGGUCCCGCCCCGCGCAGGCGCUCUGGGGCUCCGCGCUCCUGUGCCGGCCCGGCCCCGCCCAUAAAUCCCGGUGGAUCCGCGCCUGCUCCGCUUGGUGCGGUGCAUGCUCGUUUCGGGGUGUGGUGGGACUGGCGCUCGGAGCGCUGCGCGGAGCUAGAGGCGCUGAGGUGGUACCGGCAUCGUGAUCUGGGCCCGGAGAGCUGGGUCCGGAUCCUGCUGGUGUCUGCUAGGGGUCCCGGGAGGAGCCGUUCGGCAGGUGGGGUGCACGAUUUGGGCUGGGGUGAGGAUCGGGAUCGCGGCGGGCGGGAGGAGCCACUCCGGGACGGGCGCUGGGACCGAGCCCGGUGCUGCUACUUUGCUCCUGCUUCGGCUGGCACAGGGCUGGGGUCCCGCCGCGGCUCCGGGUACGUUCGCUUUGUGGCCGUGGGGAGCUGGGGCCGUGCCGGUGCCGGGCCCAGGAGGAGGGCGGCGGUUCCCCGGAGCAGGCGCUGGAUCGCGGCUGGAGCGGACGAGGCGCAGGCACCGCCCCUACCGGCCCCGGGACCCUCCCGACGCAGCCGCUCCCUCGGCGCCGCCUGCCGGACACAGAGCGGCGGCGCGAGCGCAGCGCCCCCCGGCGGCAGCAGCGCGCUCCGGUGCGGUCCCGGCCCCGCAGCGCCCCGGGGAUGCGGAGCUCCCCCCGCCCCGGAGCCCCGAGGGCACCGCACCCCCCUGGGCAGAGCAGCACCCUCCUACUCCUCUCCCGUGCCCGAACCCCGUGGGCUCCCGCCCGCCGCGCCCCCCCCGAACGAACGGAGCUGGAUCGCCGCGGGCGGGAGGAGCCGCUCCGAGGCAGGCGCUGGGGCCGAGUCCGGACUGCUCCCGGUGCGGGACCGGGGCCCCGUCGGGGCUCGGUCCUGCUCCAGCCGCUCAUCCGACACCUGCUGGGAGAUUCUGAAUUGGAAAGAGCCACGAGGAUCAUCAAGUCAAACAGUGAUAAAUUAUUGGCCCACGUGGGGAUUGAAUUCAGAAUCCUGGCCUUGUCAACACGCUGCUUCAAGCACCUGAGCUAAUCUCAGACUCAUGAGGAAAGUCCUGCCCGGGAAUGGGGAUGGCUGCUGCCAGCAAGGGAAUGCCUAUGCAAAUAAUUUACCCAACAGCUGUAAAGGUGCUCAUUCUAUGUCCCUUUCUAAGGAGAAAUGAGAGCAGGGUAAGUCCUAAGGUUUUACUUGGUCCAUAGCCAGAGUUCUGGAGAGUGUCAGGGCUGGUCCCACCUGCAGAGGGGCGUUUCCUGGAGGUGAGUGUUCACAGCCCCAAAUCACUGCAGGUGCUGAGGCUGGGACCACUUUUCGGGCCCAGAGCUGCAUGGAGCCCUUGGUGACUCCCAUUCACUGCCAGGAAUGUUCCUUGGUGUUUCCUCAGUGUGUCCCAGCUGGCUGGGAAUGUGUGGGGCAGGAGGAGGCCGGGAGCCCCAGGAAGGGAACCAGCACCUCCUAUCCUCAGUAUUUGCAGGGGAGCAGCUGUACCUCAGUGUCCUGCCUGUGGCAGGCAGCGUGCCACCCACGCAUCCCGGGGAUGGGCACUGGGAUGCCCGGGCAGUGCUGGGAUGGACGUGGAUAAAGGGCUGCCCACGGCUUCUCAGCCAGGGGCUGCUCUGAACAGGCACCUGGAGAUGCUUCAGCCCAGACAGACCCAGCCCACAGCCCAGAAUUACCCGAGGAACAGCUGGAACAGCUGGCGUUGCCUGGGAAUGUCGGCACGGUGCGUUUGCGGAAGGGCUCAGGCAGCAAUUCCCGGUGCUGACCUCCUGGAGCUCCCGCACAUCCCCAGGGUGUCCCAGCCCCCCAGACCCCUUCCCUUCCAGCCUGGGGACAUCAUCCCUCAGUUAAAGCGUUAAAGUCAAGGGAAUCUUCCCCCACAGAAAUGAAACCCCAAGCAAUGCCCUCAAAGUUGCCUUUAAAUAAAAGGUUGGAGUCGGAUGAA